AUGGGGAACCAGGCGGGUAGACUGGAGGAACCUGAGUCAGGUCUGCUACCUUACCGUAUUCUAUCGUAUGCCAGCUUAGCUCUGUUCACUCACCACUACUCUCUCCAUCACUGAGGCUAUCUAUACUCAUUCACUUCAUCAGUCUCUUUCACUCUCUUCUCUCUCUCUCUCCCCUCUCUCUCUGCUAUAUCUCUCUCCUCUCUUCUCUCUCUCGUCUCUCUCCUCUCUCUCUCUCUACUCUCUCUCUCUCUCUCUUUCCCCCCUCUCUCUGUCCCUAUGUGCUCUAUUGAUGUGAGAGGCAAACAAAGCCAUCAUGCAUUGCCAAAUAGCUUAGUUAUGAAUCUGAUCUCAUGCCAGUUCAGAAAAUCCCAUUUAAAGGUUCAUUGUCAGACAUAUUGAGCUGUACAGUGCCAGUGGCUCUGUUUGUACUGUAGGUUUACUUGGCCCUUCUUCUCUUAUUACUCAGAUUCAAAUAGGAAGGAUUUUAAUUGAUUAGUAGUGUGUGUGUGUGUGUGUGUUUGCAUGUGUAUGUUUGGCUUUGUGUGUGCCGGCAUGUGUGUGUGUGUGUGUGUGUGGUUCACGAUAUCUGGACAUGAAAAGUGCUGAGUGUGUUUUAUCUCCAGCAGCUGCCUCUUGUCAGAGGGGCCGAGUGGAAUUUCCAGGUUAGAGAUCGGACAGAGAGGUGAGUGGAAAAGAAAGUGGAGUAGGGAGCAGGUGGAGAUCGCGAAGAGCUGAGAGAGAGACUCGUGAGCUAGGAUCUAGCUUAUAUAGAUCUCUCUCUAUCUCGUCUUCUUCUCUCAUCUCUCUCCUCUCUCUCUUCUAUCUCUCCUCUCUCCUCUCUCUCGCCUCUCUCUCUCACCUCUCUCUCUCUCUCUCUCUCUCUCUAAUGCCCUAAGGAUAGACUGCUUAAUACAUUUCCAUUUCAAAGUCUCUCUUAACUUCAUUUAGCAGCCUUUAACAUCACAUUAGUCAGAGAAACCACUGGUAUCUCUGUCUCUCUCUCUUCUUGCUUCUUUCUGUUCUCUAUGUAGCUGGAAACGGCUGAUUUUUAAUGGAAUAUCUACAUACGCGUACAGAGGCCCAUUAUCAGCAACCAUCAGUCCUGUGUUCCAAUGGCAGGUUGUGUUUGCUAAUCCAAGUUUAUCAUUUUAAAAGGCUAAUUGAUCAUUAGAAAACCCUUUUGCAAUUAUGUUAGCACAGCUGAAAACUGUUGUGCUGAUUAAAGAAGCAAUAAAACUGGCCUUCUUGAGACUAGUUGAGUAUCUGGAGCAUCAGCAAUUGUGGGUUCGAUUACAGGCUCAAAAUGGCCAGAAACAAAUAACUUUCUUCUGAAACUCGUUAGUCUAUUCUUGUUCUGAGAAAUUAAGGCUAUUCCAUGCGAGAAAUUGCCAAGAAACUGAAGAUCUCGUACAACGCUGUGUACUUCGCCCUUCACAGAACAGCGCAAACUGGCUCUAACCAGAAUAGAAAGAGGAGUGGGAGGCCCCGGUGCACAACUGAGCAAGAGGACAAAUACAUUAGAGUGUCUAGUUUGAGAAACAGACAGCUCACAGGUCCUCAACUGGCAGCUUCAUUAAAUAGUACCCGCAAAACACCAGUCUCAACGUCAACAGUGAAGAGGCGACUCCGGGAUGCUGACCUUCUAGUCAGAGUUGCAAAGAAAAAGCCAUAUCUCAGACUGGCCAAUAAAAAGAAAAGAUUAAGAUGGGCAGUUAGAGAUAUAACUUUUUCUUUGAAACUCUGCCUAGAAGGUCAGCAUCCCGGAGUCGCCUCUUCACUGUUGACGUUGAGACUGGUGUUUUGUGGGUACUAUUUAAUGAAGCUGGUCAUCUGUUAAGUAUUUGUAUCACGUACAGUAUGUUUCAAAUGCACUGAGUGUACAAAACACUUGGGUUGCGCAACUCAAUAUUAGGAAGGUGUUAUUAAUAUACACUGGCCAAGAAUCACUAAUACUGCCAGAGAGCUUUUACUAUCCUCAGGGGAGUCACACACACUAGGGUACAUAUCAAAUGUGUUAUUAUUAGCAAUUGACCAUGACUAUCUUUGAUAUGAAGCCAUAGAUAGAGGUUAUUUUAAGAUGAUAUUGUUGGAGAGUUGAGUGAGGGCAUUUCUAUCCUCAAUGAAUUCACAGUACAUGUCAAAUGUGUAUUAUUAUCAAUAUAUGAAGCCAUAGAUAUUUUAGGAUGAAAGUUGAGUGAGGGCUUUACUAUCCUCAAUGGAUUCACACUCGGGUAAGUCUGGGCGGUAUGGCUAAAAUAUCAGAUCACAAUAUUUGUCAACUUUUUAACAGUAUUUUGGAUGGUUUUUGAAUAAUGAACAGUGCAUGACCCUAGGGUAGCAACAAAUACAUUCUAAGUCAUUUCAAUGUUGUUUUUUUCUCCAUUCUGAUUGUUUUAUACUGUUCAAUCAAACUUCUACCAAAAACAGUUUUCUACAUUUGCUGCAAUGAGAUCAUUUCCACACUGCCAACACUUUGGUGUCUACCCUGUUUUCUCUUACUUUGCCUAUUCCUCUCUGAUUUACAAGAUACUGUUGCACAAACAACAUGCUGAUGUGGAAUCUUAGGGCUGCACAAUAUUCACGUAUUUUUAACCAAAUAUUGCAAUUGCGAUUUGACUUGCGAUUUAGAUCAAAACACUUGGGUGAACUGUUGGAAUCAUGAUUAUUCUAAUUCUAUAGUUAGAAUAUAUUAGUGGGCACUUUGAAUACAGUGUUGUUUGACAGUACAACAAAUGAAAAAGCGAGGGAGGAGUUAUUGUGACAGGGUAGACACCAAAGUGUUGGUCAGUGUUUCCCAAGGGACCCUAUAAUCUUUGGCUACAUUAAAUGUUUUCUCUUACUUUGCCUAUUCCUCUCUGAUUUACAAGAUACUGUUGCACAAACAACAUGCUGAUUUAGGCCUACACCAGCACUGGUAUCAGGCUGUAUUAGAUAGGCUAGCUACGUUUACUCUGACUCAGUACAUUUAUUAGCUAACUAGCUAGGCAGCUAACUAGUGAUUAGCGUUGACGGCUAACACAAUUUAUUUUAGCCACAACUUGCUAAAAGACAAACUAGCUGUUUGCAGACAUACAUUUACAUUUUAGUCAUUUAGCAGACGCUCUUAUCCAGAGCGACUUACAGUUAGUGAGUGCAUACAUUUUCAUACUGGCCCCCCGUGGGAAUCGAACCCACAACCCUGGCGUUGCAAACGCCAUGCUCUACCAACUGAGCUACACGGGACUUAGAUACACAAACGAAUAGUGUAAUUAUAGAACGCUUGUGGAUUUAUGUUAAGAAGCAAAGUGGAAAGCAGCAUCGUUGUCAUCAACAUCUUGUUGUAUCUGCUGCAUUGACCAUGCAGACUGAAGAGUGAACGGCAACUCGGCAAGUGGUCUUGUGGUCAAGCAACAACAACUGUGCUCCUUGAGUGACAGGGGGCAGGGCUUGGUGAGAGAGAGGGAGAGAGACGACUCACUACAGACGCGGGUUUGAUCCCAGGCUGUGUCACUGCCAGCCGUGACCGGGAGAACCAUGAGCCGCCGCACAAUUGGCCCAGCGUCAUCCGGGUUAGGGGAGGGUUUGGCCGGCUGGGAUGUCCUUGUCCCAUCGCGCUCUAGCGACUCCUUGUGGCGGCUGGGCGCAUGCACGCUUCGGUCGCCAGCUGUACGGUGUUUCCUCCGACACAUUGGUGCGGCUGGCUUCCGGGUUAAACAAGCAAUGUGUCAAGAAGCAGUGCGGCUUGGCAGGGUCGUGUUUCGGAGGACGCAUGGCUCUCGACCUUCACCUAUCCUGAGUCCGUAGGGGAGUUGCAGCAAUGGGACAAGACUAUAACUACCAAUUGGAUAUCACGAAAUUGGGGAUAAAAAGGGGUAAAAGUACAAAAAUAAAUUUAAAAAAUGGUCUGUGCAUCAAUACCGGUAUAUAGUAAAAUAAACUCAGGGCUCUAAAUUAAUUAAUUAAUUUUUUCUUAAACUUCAAAAAAGUUAGGAGCACAACAUGCAUUUUUUAAUUGAUGGAGAGAUAGCCUAUAUUGUGCCUAUAUGAAUUCUAGCUUAUUUUGAAGCACAAUCUGUGCCCUAGCAAUGUAGCUAAAAUGUUGAUAAAAAUACCUGUAAUUGAAAUGACAAAGUCAUUUGUGGAAUAUUAGGUUUCCUACAUUGUGUAAAAGCACUAUUUUCCUAUUGAGAUACAUUACAUUUAAAAUUGUACACUGUCUCUUUAAGAAAGUCAAGUUUGUAAGUGACAACAUAUGCAAGAGAACUUCAUUCAGUGCUAUGAUCGUUGAUCUCCUGAAGACACUGUCCCCCCUUUUUUUUUUUUUUUUGUGUCCAUUCGGGUCUGGGUCUGUCCUUGGGUCCGUUCGGGUUCGGGUCCAACUUUUUGUCUUUACAGUGGGUUUUCACUGUAGACGAUGUGGGGCAAUGAAACAACGGAUGGAAGAGAAGCAAAUAUUUUUUUAUAAAUCAACUUUGGAGUCAAAGUAUCGAUAUAAUAUCGUCCAAAAAUAAUAUUGCGAUAUGUAACUGUGAGCCAUUCUGGGAAAAGCUAGCGUGGCUAGGCGAUGCAUAAUCCCCAAUGAAAACCUACUGUUAGAACAGCCCGUGACAUGGUUUAAGAAUAUAAAAAUGUGCCCCACCAAUGCGCGAUAGAAAGGAAAAAACGUAGAGCCGGUAAUAUGGGUCAUAUCCUUUGAACGGUUUGGGCUAAAAACAAGACGUUUCAUUAAUAAUUACAACAAUUAUUGUGUGUGAUUAAUUUUUUUCUAGGCACUCCCAAAUAUCAAUUCCAGAUCACGCAGCUAAAUAUUUAGGAGCAUAUGUGCAAUUUAGAGCUCUGGUUACACUACAUGACAAAUGUGUGUUAUUGUCAAUUGACCAUGACUAUUGAUAUGAAGCCAAGCCAUAUAUAGAGAUUAUUUUAGGAUGAUGGUGUUGGAGAGUUGAGUGAGGGCGUAACUAUCCUCAAUGGAGUCACACACUGAGUACAUCAAAUGUAUAGUAUUAUCAACUGACCAUGACUAUGUUUGAUAUGGAGCCACAGAUACAGGUUAUUUUAGGAUGUUGGAGAGCUGUGGGGCUGAUGUUCAGUGAAGUAACUAGAGGAGUAAUCUCUCGUGACAGACUUUGAUGGACUUUGGUGAACAAAAUGUAAUCUAGUUAUCUACAGUGAGGGAAAAAAGUAUUUGAUCCCCUGCUGAUUUUGUACGUUUGCCCACUGACAAAGAAAUGAUCAGUCUAUAAUUUUAAUGGUAGGUUUAUUCGAACAGUGAGAGACAGAAUAACAACAAAAAAAUCCAGAAAACGCAUGUAAAUGUUAUGAAUUGAUUUGCAUUUUAAUGAGGGAAAUAAGUAUUUGACCCCUCUGCAAAACAUGACUUAGUACUUGGUGGCAAAACCCUUGUUGGCAAUCACAGAGGUCAGACGUUUCUUGUUGUUGGCCACCAGGUUUGCACACAUCUCAGGAGGGAUUUUGUCCCACUCCUCUUUGUAGAGCUUCUCCAAGUCAUUAAGGUUUCGAGCCUGACGUUUGGCAACUCGAACCUUCAGCUCCCUCCCUAAAUCCACAGAUUUUCUAUGGGAUUAAGGUCUGGAGACUGGCUAGGCCACUCCAGGACCUUAAUGUGCUUCUUCUUGAGCCACUCCUUUGUUGCCUUGGCCGUGUGUUUAGGGUCAUUGUAAUGCUGGAAUACCCAUCCACGACCCAUUUUCAAUGCCCUGGCUGAGGGAAGGAGGUUCUCACCCAAGACUUGACAGUACAUGGCCCCGUCCAUCGUCCCUUUGAUACGGUGAAGUUGUCCUGUCCCCUUAGCAGAAAAAACCCCCCAAAGCAUAAUGUUUCCACCGCCAUGUUUGACGGUGGGGAUGGUGUUCUUGGGGUCAUAGGCAGCAUUCCUCCUCCUCCAAACACGGCGAGUUGAGUUGAUGCCAAAGAGCUCGAUUUUGGUCUCAUCUGACCACAACACUUUCACCCAGUUCUCCUCUGAAUCAUUCAGAUGUUCAUUGGCAAACUUCAGACGGCCCUGUAUAUGUGCUUUCUUGAGCAGGGGGACCUUACGGGCGCUGCAGGAUUUCAGUCCUUCAGGGCGUAGUGUGUUACCAAUUGUUUUCUUGGUGACUAUGGUCCCAGCUGCCUUGAGAUCAUUGACAAGAUCCUCCCGUGUAGUUCUGGGCUGAUUCCUCACCAUUCUCAUGAUCAUUGCAACUCCACGAGGUGAGAUCUUGCAUGGAGCCCCAGGCCGAGGGAGAUUGACAGUACUUUUGUGUUUCUUCCAUUUGCGAAUAAUCGCACCAACUGUUGUCACCUUCUCACCAAGCUUCUUGGCGAUGGUCUUGUAGCCAUUCAAAUUAUAGACUGAUCAUUUCUUUGUCAGUGGGCAAAUGUACAAAAUCAGUAGGGGAUCAAAUACUUUUUUCCCUCACUGUAGCUAGCUAGGGCAGGAUUGGUUAUGGGUUCUGAGAUUAGGCUACUAGAGAAGAGAAAAACUGUCCUUCUUAAUGGAUCAGGCGCUGGAAACAGUGUUUGAUGAGGUGAUGUCGAAGGAGUCAGGCGCAGGAGCGUAAAUCACAGAAUAACAGGCUUUAUUCCGCAAAUACAGAGUUACGCAGAAAUGCGUCAAACACUGUAGUGCGCAAAACAGGCGCACUGGAAAAUACAAGGCACACGGGGCAUAUCCCGGCAAUACAAAAUACACCGAGCUUCACCGAGCUUAGCUAUCCUCCACAAUAAACAAUCACACACAAAGACAUGGGGGCAGAGGGAACACUUAUACAGGUACUGAUGAGGGGAUAUUAACCAGGUGUGUGUAAUAAACAAGACAAAACAAAUGGAAUGAUGAGAUGAGGAGCGGCAGUGGCUAGAAGUCCGGUGAUUUCAAACGCUGAAGCCUGCCCGAACAAGGAUAGGUGGCAGCUUCGGAGGAAGUCGUGACACAGUGUUUGAUUGAUUCAUCUUUACCAUCUCCUUCUAAAGGAGUUUAGAAUCUAAACAGAUGGUUUAUCUGUGAUAUCAUUAGGACUAAUUCUGGGAAGUCUUUAAUAAUCAGAGUCAUGAUCACUCUUUUUUAGUUGGUUCGUUACAGUGUAAUGCAUCAGCCAUCACCGUAAUUUCACUGUACGAUCCAUCACAAAACAAGGUUUUCAAUACCAGGCUAGGAAGAGUACUUUACACUCCUUUACACAUACAGUGAGGGAAAAAAGUAUUUGAUCCCCUGCUGAUUUUGUACGUUUGCCCACUUACAAAGAAAUGAUCAGUCUAUAAUUUUAAUGGUAGGUUUAUUUCAACAGUGAGAGACAGAAUAACAAAAAUAAAAUCCUGAAAAACGCAUGUCAAAAAUGUUAUAAAUUGAUUUGCAUUUUAAUGAGGGAAAUAAGUAUUUGACCCCUCUGCAAAACAUGACUUAGUACAUGGUGGCAAACCCUUGUUGGCAAUCACAGAGGUCAGACAUUUCUUGUAGUUGGCCACCAAGUUUGCACACAUCUCAGGAGGGAUUUUGUCCCACUCCUCUUUGCAGAUCUUCUCCAAGUCAUUAAGGUUUCGAGGCUGACGUUUGGCAACUCGAACCUUCAGCUCCCUCCACAGAUUUUCUAUGGGAUUAAGGUCUGGAGACUGGCUAGGCCACUCCAGGACCUUAAUGUGCUUCUUCUUGAGCCACUCCUUUGUUGCCUUGGCCGUGUGUUUUAGGUCAUUGUCAUGCUGGAAUACCCAUCCACGACCCAUUUUCAAUGCCCUGGCUGAGGGAAGGAGGUUCUCACCCAAGAUUUGACGGUACAUGGCCCCGUCCAUCGUCCCUUUGAUGUGGUGAAGUUGUCCUGUCCCCUUAGCAGAAAAAACCCCCCAAAGCAUAAUGUUUCCACCUCCAUGUUUGACGGUGGGGAUGGUGUUCUUGGGGUCAUAGGCAGCAUCCCUCCUCCUCAAAACACGGCGAGUUGAGUUGAUGCCAAAGAGCUCCAUUUUGGUCUCAUCUGACCACAAAACAUUCACCCAGUUCUCUUCUGAAUCAUUCAGAUGUUCAUUGGCAAACUUCAGACGGGCCUGUAUAUGUGCUUUCUUGAGCAGGGGGACCUUGCGGGCGCCGCAGGAUUUCAGUCCUUCACAGCAUAGUGUGUUACCAAUUGUUUUCUUGGUGACUAUGGUCCCAGCUGCCUUGAGAUCAUUGACAAGAUCCUCCCGUGUAGUUCUGGGCUGAUUCCUCACCGUUCUCAUGAUCAUUGCAACUCCACGAGGUGAGAUCUUGCAUGGAGCACCAGGCCGAGGGAGAUUGACAGUUAUUUUGUGUUUCUUCCAUUUGCGAAUAAUCGCACCAACUGUUGUCACCUUCUCACCAAGCUGCUUGGCGAUGGUCUUGUAGCCCAUUCCAGCCUUGUGUAGGUCUACAAUCUUGUCCUUGACAUCCUUGGAGAGCUCUUUGGUCUUGGCCAUGGUGGAGAGUUUGGAAUCUGAUUGAUUGAUUGCUUCUGUGGACAGGUGUCUUUUAUACAGGUAACAAACUGAGAUUAGGAGCACUCCCUUUAAGAGUGUGCUCCUAAUCUCAGCUCGUUACCUGUAUAAAAGACACCUGGGAGCCAGAAGUCUUUCUGAUUGAGAGGGGGUCAAAUACUUAUUUCCCUCAUUAAAAUGCAAAUCAAUUUAUAACAUUUUUGACAUGCGUUUUUCUGGAUUUUUUUGUUGUUAUUCUGUCUCUCACUGUUGAAAUAAACCUAGCAUUAAAAUUAUAGACUGAUCAUUUCUUUGUCAGUGGGCAAACGUACAAAAUCAGCAGGGGAUCAAAUACUUUUUUCCCUCACUGUAUAUAUACACACACACACGCACACAUGCUCUGUUUGAUCCCAUAAAGACCCUUAUUAUAAUUUGAUGUGGUCUACUGUAAAGUUUAUCGAUCAUGCUAUUAUUAUUCUCAUACCUCCAUUGCCCCAUCCAAUCAAACAAGCAUUCAUAUAGUUAAUGAGAAUUGAUCACAAAAUGGGCUGAUUUGUCAGGAUGUACAGGAGUCUGCAGAGGAGAGGAUAAAGCAAUCAAUGAGAGAGGGAUUUGAUCAAGGACCGAGAGGAGGAUUUUAAGCUAUUUCUCACCAGGUUGAUUAGCCUAUCUUGUUUGUUUGCUGCACAAAGACUUUCCUCAUUAGAAGAUAAUGUUUUCUAAUCUAAUCUAACCACCACUGUAUUCUGGCUCUCUAUUCUCCCCUUCUUCUGACUGGGAGAGUCAGUGGUCCAGCGCUCUACACACUGGGAGAAUGGGCCAGCAGAUACUCUGAUGAUGACCUUAUCAGUGAAAUAUAAUGGCUGAACGCAGAACAGUGGGCCUAUUUUCAGAUUCGACUCCAUGCAACCCAGAGCUGUCUGGAGGCAGAAUUAGAACCCCGGCCAUGGCGAACUGUGGCGACUGGCAAGAUGUUUGUUCAGUGAGGUGAGAGGGGGAGCCAGAGAGAAAGAGGGAGAGAGAAAGAGAGCGAGAGAGGGUUAGAGCGUUUCUCAUGCUCAAAAAAGGAUAGUGAGUUUGCACGGUCCUGUGGGUUUUGUGCCCAUGCAGCGUAGCCGGGAUGUUUGGAGGUAGUGGUAAUGCAGGAAAAGCUUCCAGAAUUUUGGGAAAGCAGAGAAGCGUUUGAUAGUUCUGGGGUGUUUUUGUCUGACAUCAAUGCAGUAAUAACAAUGGUGGUCACUGGAACAACAUGACCGUUUGUUGUCUUUGCUCACACUUGGGCAUCAGAAGUUUCAGUGAAGGAGAGUGAUAGGCUAGACAGUCUACUACACACAGUGCUGGAGAGACUUUCUCAGGACACACAACAACAAGUCCACAGGAAAAGAUUCCUCAUCCGAAACAACACUACAUAACCAAACUAAUCAGACAGUGAUAACACAGGCUUUGUUUCUCAGGGAAUUGCAGUGUGUCUGCUGAGAAAGUACAUGUACAGUUCUCAUUGUUCUACUAAACAUCUGUUCCUGACCUGACACUUUCACAAUAGUAGACUUAUCACAUUCAGUAUACACUAAGUAUAAAACAAGAGCAGAGUGGGUGGGGUGGUCUCCUGGGGCUGCUGGCAGAGGAUGGAUAGCUCCUUACGUUGAUGAGGGAGAGGCUUGGACAGAUUUGGUAUUUUAAGGAAGAGUGUACAGAGUGUAUAGGAUGGAAGGGGAGAAGGAGGAAUCGAUGUUGUACUUUGAAUUUUUAGGGCUGUGUUUUUUCCAGAUGUGUUUGUUUUGAUAUAGGCUAUAUUGUAUCAAUAUAGUGUAUACGAAAGAGCGAAAUAUUGAAAAGAAUUGACAUCUUACCUUUAUAUGCUCAUAUACAGUGAGUACUGUGGCUUGCGAAAGUAUUCAACCCCCUUGGCAUUUUUCCUAUUCUGUUGCCUUACAACCUGGAAUUAAAAUGGAUUUUGGGGGGGUUUGUAUCAUUUGAUUUACACAACAUGCCUACCCCUUUGAAGAUGCAAAAUAUAUUUUUUUGUGAAACAAACAAGAACAAACAGAAACUUGAGCGUGCAUAACUAUUCACCCCCCGAAGUCAAUACUUUGUAGAGCCACCUUUUGCAGCAAUUACAGCUGCAAGUCUCUUGGGGUAUGUCUCUAUAAGCUUGGCACAUCUAGCCACUGGGAUUUUUGCCCAUUCUUCAAGGCAAAACUGCUCCAGCUCCUUCAAGUUGGAUGGGUUCCGCUGGUGUACAGAAAUCUUUACGUCAUACCACAGAUUCUCAAUUGGAUUGAGGUCUGGGCUUUGACUAGGCCAUUCCAAGACAUUUAAAUGUUUCCCCUUAAACCACUCGAGUGUUGCUUUAGCAGUAUGCUUAGGGUCAUUGUCCUGCUGGAAGGUGAACCUCCGUCCCAGUCUCAAAUCUCUGGAAGACUGAAACAGGUUUCCCUCAAGAAUUUCCCUGUAUUUAGUGCCAUCCAUCAUUCCUUCAAUUCUGACCAGUUUCCCAGUCCCUGCGGAUGAAAAACAUUCCCACAGCAUGAUGCUGCCACCAACAUGCUUCACUGUGGGGAUGGUGUUCUCGGGGUGAUGAGAGGUGUUGGGUUUGCGCCAGACAUAGCGUUUUCCUAAAAUCUCAAUUUUAGUCUCAUCUGACCAGAGUACCUUCUUCCAUAUGUUUGGGGAGUCUUCCACAUGCCUUUUGGCGAACACCAAACGUAUUUGCUUAUUUUUUUCUUUAAGCAAUGGCUUUUUUUGGCCACUCUUCUGUAAAGCCCAGCUCUGUGGAGUGUACGGCUUAAAGUGGUCCUAUGGACAGAUACUCCAAUCUCUGCUGUGGAGCUUUGCAGCUCCUUCAGGGUUAUCUUUGGUCUCUUUGUUGCCUCUGAUUAAUGUCCUCCUUGCCUGGUCCGUGAGUUUUGGUCGGCAGCCCUCUCUUGGCAGGUUUGUUGUGGUGCCAUAUUCUUUCAAUUUUUUAAUAAUGGAUUUAAUGGUGCGCCGUGGGAUGUUCAAAGUUUCUGAUAUUUUUUUAUAACCCAACCCUGAUAUGUACUUCUCCACAACUUUGUCCCUGACCUGUUUGGAGAGCUCCUUGGUCUUCAUGGAGCCGCUUGCUUGGUGGUGCCCCUUGCUUAGUGGUAUUGCAGACUCUGGGGCCUUUCAGAACAGGUGUAUAUAUACUGAGAUCAUGUGACAGAUCAUCAAGAUCUUCAGUUUCUUGGCAAUUUCUCGCAUAGAAUAGCCUUCAUUUCUCAGAACAAGAAUAGACUGACGAGUUUCAGAAGAAAGUUAUUUGUUUCUGACCAUUCUGAGCCUGUAAUUGAACCCACAAUUGCUGAUGCUCCAGAUACUCAACUAGUCUCAAGAAAGCCAGUUUUAUUGCUUCUUUAAUUAGCACAACAGUUUUCAGCUGUGCUAACAUAAUUGCAAAAGGGUUUUCUAAUGAUCAAUUAGCCUUUUAAAAUGAUAAACUUGGAUUAGCAAACACAACGUGCCAUUGGAACACAGGACUGAUGGUUGCUGAUAAUGGGUCUCUGUACGCCUAUGUAGAUAUUCCAUAAAAAAUCAGCCGUUUCCAGCUACAAUAGCCAUUUACAACAUUAACAAUGUCUACACUGUAUUUCUGAUCAAUUUGAUGUUAUUUUAAUGGACAAAAAAAAUAAUUUUCUUUCGAAAACAAGGACAUUUCUAAGUGACCCCAAACUUUUGAACGGUAGUGUAUGUGACUUCUGAAGGUAAUUGGUUGCACCAGAUCUUAUUUAGGGGCUUCAUAGCAAAGGGGUUGAAUACAUACAGUGGGGAAAAAAAGUAUUUAGUCAGCCACCAAUUGUACAAGUUUUCCCACUUAAAAAGAUGAGAGAGGCCUGUAAUUUUCAUCAUAGGUACACGUCAACUAUGACAGACAAAAUGAGAAAAAAAAUCCAGAAAAUCACAUUGUAGGAUUUUUAAUGAAUUUAUUUGCAAAUUAUGGUGGAAAAUAAGUAUUUGGUCACCUACAAACAAGCAAGAUUUCUGGCUCUCACAGACCUGUAACUUCUUCUUUAAGAGGCUCCUCUGUCCUCCACUCGUUACCUGUAUUAAUGGCACCUGUUUGAACUUGUUAUCAGUAUAAAAGACACCUGUCCACAACCUCAAACAGUCACACUCCAAACUCCACUAUGGCCAAGACCAAAGAGCUGUCAAAGGACACCAGAAACAAAAUUGUAGACCUGCACCAGGCUGGGAAGACUGAAUCUGCAAUAGGUAAGCAGCUUGGUUUGAAGAAAUCAACUGUGGGAGCAAUUAUUAGGAAAUGGAAGACAUACAAGACCACUGAUAAUCUCCCUCGAUCUGGGGCUCCACGCAAGAUCUCACGCCGUGGGGUCAAAAUGAUCACAAGAACGGUGAGCAAAAAUCCCAGAACCACACAGGGGGACCUAGUGAAUGACCUGCAGAGAGCUGGGACCAAAGUAACAAAGCCUACCAUCAGUAACACACUACACCGCCAGGGACUCAAAUUCUGCAGUGCCAGACGUGUCCCCCUGCUUAAGCCAGUGUCACGGUUUCGGCCGAGGCUGCCUCUCUCCCUUGUUCGGGCAGGCUUCGGCGUUCGUCGUCUCCGGAAUUCUAGCUGCCACCGAUUUAUGUUUUCAUGUUCGUUUGCUUUUGUCUGUUUGUGUCACACCUGUUUCUGUUUUACGUGAUUAGUGUCCUAUAAGUUUCUCGUUGUGUUUGUCUUGUGUUGUGUGUGAUUGUUUUCGUCAGUGUUGUGUUUGCUCGGUUGAGCAUAUUUCUCUCCACUGCGCUGGAGCUCGUUUGCACUUGUUUCGUGCACUACUUAUUUUGUCGCACCUGUUUGUGCGCAUUUUGCCUACACGCCUUGGGCGUAGUUUAGCUGUUGGGCUUUGUUGCCCUGUUGCCUGUGUUUGGGUCGGAAUACAGCUUUUGGAACCUACCGUCUGCGUCCUGCAUCUGAUUUCCUACACCACACCUACACACGCCCUGACAGAAUCACACACCACACAUGGAAUCAGCAGGAGCAGAAGCAGCCCAGACAAGACUGGAAGCCCAGGUUCGGGAUCAGCAGGAGCAACUCCUGCAGAUGGGGAACGCCCUGCAGGAGGUUAUUUCCACACUCCGAGGCUGGGGUUCGCCUCCACCACCGCCCGCCCAGCCAGCACCAUCGGCCAGCCCGCCCGUUCCAGCACCGGAACAUAGAGGAGUCCGUCUAUCUCUCCCGAGGGCUUACGACGGGACAGCGGCUGGGUGUCAGGGGUUCUUGCUCCAGGUCGAGCUGUACCUGGCCACAGUCCAUCCGGCACCUUCAGGGCAUGAGAGCGUGUCCGCCCUAAUCUCCUGCCUGGCCGGUAAAGCGUUGGAGUGGGCCAACGCGGAGUGGAGGAAGAUCGACGCCACGACCAUUACCUACACCGAGUUCUCCCGCCGCUUUAGGGCGGUGUUCGACCAUCCCCCGGAGGGGAAAGCGGCGGGGGAGCGUCUGGUCUUCCUUAGGCAGGGGAGGAGGAGUGCCCAGGAAUUCGCACUCGAAUUCCGUACUCUAGCGGCAGAUGCAGGGUGGAAUGAUCGGGCCCUCAUCGAUCUCUACCGAUGUAGCCUCAGAGAGGACGUCCGUCGGGAGCUGGCCUGUCGGGACGCCAGUCUCACUUUCGACCAGCUGGUCGACAUGUCAAUUAGGUUGGAUAACCUAUUGGCUACCCGCGGACGUCCUGAGGGGGGUCCGUCCAUUCCAUCCUCCAGCGCACCCGAGCCGUGUCCUAUGGAGCUCGGGGGCGCUGGCGCUAGAGGUAGGAGGAGUCGGCAGAGUGGGGGGUCCAUCCACUGCACCAACUGUGGUCGGGGAGGACACACCGCGGCUAGGUGCUGGGGAUGGCCUCCUCGGGGAGAUGACGACAGGUCCCGCACUGGGGAUUCCCUCCAGGUGAGUAGGCGCCCCACUCACCCAGAGCUCACUGUUGCCCAUUUUUGUAUGCCUGUGUGUUUUCCGCAGGUGGCACCUCAUUCCCAGUGUAAGGCGCUGGUAGAUUCAGGCGCGGCUGGGAAUUUCAUUGAUAAGAAGUUUUGUUUAGAGUUAGGGUUUCCCCUUCUCCCUGUGGAAGUUCCUUUUCCCGUUCACGCCCUAGAUAGUCGUCCGUUGGGUACGGGCUUAAUCAGGGAGGUCACGGCGCCACUUAGGAUGUGUGCGCAGGGGAGUCAUCAGGAGAUAAUACAACUGUUUCUGAUUGACUCUCCUGCGUAUCCGGUGGUGCUGGGCAUGCCCUGGUUAAGUACCCAUAACCCCGUUAUUUCGUGGCAGGAGAGGGCUCUGAAGGAGUGGUCUGCUCAGUGUGUGGGUAGAUGUUUGGGCGUUUCCUUAGGGGCUACCUCGGUGGAAAGUCCAAACCAGGUGCCCGCAUUGCACAUUCCACCUGAGUAUGGGGAUCUGGCUAUCGCGUUUAGUAAGGCGAGGGCGACGCGAUUGCCACCCCAUAGGCAGGGGGAUUGUGCGAUAGACCUUCAGGCAGGAGCUGCGCUCCCACGGAGUCAUGUGUAUCCUCUGUCUCAGGAGGAGAAGAAAGCUAUGGAGGUUUACAUAGACGAAUCACUGAGACAAGGAUACAUACGGCCGUCCACUUCCCCCGCGUCCUCGAGUUUCUUUUUCGUGAAGAAGAAGGAUGGGGGGUUGCGUCCGUGCAUCGACUACCGUGGUCUCAAUCAGAUUACGGUGAAGUAUAGUUAUCCACUCCCGCUGAUUGCGACCAUGACUGAGUCGUUGCAUGGGGCGCGUUUCUUCACGAAAUUAGAUCUCAGGAGCGCGUACAACUUGGUGCGCAUCAGGAAGGAUGAUGAAUGGAAAACAGCCUUUAGUACCACCUCGGGCCAUUACGAGUAUCUCGUCAUGCCAUACGGGUUGAUGAAUGCUCCGUCAGUUUUCCAAUCAUUCGUGGAUGAGAUCUUCAGGGACAUGCAGGGACAGGGAGUGGUGGUGUACAUAGAUGACAUCCUCGUGUACUCACCUACCCGUGUCGAGCAUGUGGCCCUGGUGCGCAGAGUGUUGCGGAGGCUGGUGGAGCACGACCUGUAUGUGAAGGCAGAGAAGUGUCUGUUUUUCCAGGAGUCGAUUUCCUUCUUGGGGUAUCAGUUGUCUGCGUCAGGGGUGAAGAUGGAGGUAGACCGAGUGUCAGCCGUGAGUAAUUGGCAAACACCAACCACUGUGAAAGAGGUGCAGCAGUUUUUGGGGUUUGCGAAUUACUACCGGAGGUUUAUCCGGGGUUUUGGGCAGGUGGCAGCUCCCAUCACGUCUCUCUUAAAGGGGGGCCCGGUGCGUCUGCAGUGGUCAGUCGAGGCGGACAGGGCUUUUAAGAAGCUGAAGGACCUGUUCACCUCGGCUCCGGUGCUGGCGCAUCCGGAUCCCUCUUUACCAUUUCAGGUAGAGGUGGACGCGUCUGAAGCCGGUAUUGGCGCCGUGCUGUCCCAACGGUCAGGCGCGCCACCUAAACUCCGCCCCGUUGCCUUCUAUUCCAAGAAGCUCAGCCCGGCGGAGCGAAAUUAUGACGUAGGGGACAGGGAGCUGUUAGCUGUGGUCCAAGCCCUUAAGGUGUGGAGGCACUGGCUUGAGGGGGCUCAACACCCUUUCCUCAUUUUGACGGACCACCGUAACCUGGAGUACAUCCGGGCAGCGAGGAGGCUGAACCCUCGACAGGCUAGAUGGAGUAUGUUUUUGACCCGUUUCUCUUUUAAGAUCACCUACAUCCCUGGGUCACAAAACGGUAAGGCAGAUGCACUGUCUCGGCGGUAUGACGGGGAGGAGAGGUCCGUGGAGCCCACUCCCAUACUGCCGGAGUCGUGUCUAGUGGCACCGGUGGUGUGGGAGCUCGAUUCUGAGCUCGAGCGGGCAUUACGCACCGACCCUAGUCCACCACAAUGCCCGGAGGGUCGGAGGUAUGUUCCGCUCGAGUGUCGGGAUCGAUUGAUCUAUUGGGCUCACACGUCACCCUCCUCUGGACAUCCGGGUAUCGGCCGGACAGUGCACUGUCUUAGUGCCAAAUAUUGGUGGCCUACGUUGGCCAGGGAUGUGAGGGUUUAUGUUUCCUCCUGCUCGGUGUGCGCCCAGUGUAAGGCGCCUAGACAUCUGCCUAGGGGUAAGUUACUACCCCUGCCCGUUCCACAACGACCAUGGUCCCACCUCUCGGUGGAUUUUAUAACUGACCUUCCCCUCUCUCAAGGGAAUACUACACUCCUGGUCGUUGUGGAUCGGUUCUCUAAGGCCUGUCGUUUGCUCCCCAUGCCGGGUCUUCCUACUGCCCUACAAACCGCCGAAGCACUAUUCACUCAUGUGUUCCGGCACUACGGGGUGCCCGAGGACAUUGUGGCUGACCGGGGUCCCCAAUUCACCUCCAGAGUCUGGAGAGCUUUUAUGGAGCGGUUGGGGGUCUCGGUGAGUCUCACCUCGGGUUACCACCCGGAGAGUAAUGGGCAGGUGGAACGCGUAAACCAGGAUGUGGGCAGGUUUCUCAGAACAUACUGCCGGGACCGGCCGGAGGAGUGGGCGAGAUAUGUGCCCUGGGCUGAGAUGGCACAGAAACUCUCUUCGCCACUCCUCCACCCAACUAACCCCUUUUCAGUGUGUUUUAGGGUACCAGCCGGUUCUGGCACCAUGGCAUGAGAGCCAGAUCGAGGCCCCCGCUGUGGAUGAGUGGGUGCGGCGCUCGGAGGAGACGUGGAACGCUGCACACGUCCAUCUGCAGCGUGCCAUACGUCGACAGAAGACGAGCGCCGACCUACACCGCAGUGAGGGGCCUGUGUACGCACCUGGAGAUCGAGUCUGGCUCUCUGCCAGAAACCUGCCCCUCCGCCUGCCCUGUCGGAAACUGGGUCGGCGGUUUGUAGGGCCAUUUAAAGUCCUGAGAAGGUUGAACGAGGUUUGUUAUAGAUUACAGUUGCCAGUGGAGUAUAAAUGUAUUAACCCCUCGUUCCAUGUGUCCCUUCUCAGGCCGGUGGUAGCAGGCCCGCUCCAAGAACAUGAGAUCUUGGAGACCCCCCCGCCCCCGUUGGACAUCGAGGGGGCACCGGCGUACACCGUGAGAUCCAUCUUGGAUUCUAGACGUCGGAGAGGGGGUCUUCAGUAUCUAGUGGAGUGGGAGGGGUACGGUCCGGAGGAGCGGUGCUGGGUGCCGAGGAGAGACAUCUUGGACCCGUCGCUCCUGACGGAAUUCCAUCGGGGGUAUCCGACGCGCCCUGCGCCGCGGCCUCCGGGUCGUCCCCAAGGCCGGAGUCGGCGCGCGUCUGGAGCCGCGCGUCAAGGGGGGGGGUACUGUCACGGUUUCGGCCGAGGCUGCCUCUCUCCCUUGUUCGGGCAGGCUUCGGCGUUCGUCGUCUCCGGAAUUCUAGCUGCCACCGAUUUAUGUUUUCAUGUUCGUUUGCUUUUGUCUGUUUGUGUCACACCUGUUUCUGUUUUACGUGAUUAGUGUCCUAUAAGUUUCUCGUUGUGUUUGUCUUGUGUUGUGUGUGAUUGUUUUCGUCAGUGUUGUGUUUGCUCGGUUGAGCAUAUUUCUCUCCACUGCGCUGGAGCUCGUUUGCACUUGUUUCGUGCACUACUUAUUUUGUCGCACCUGUUUGUGCGCAUUUUGCCUACACGCCUUGGGCGUAGUUUAGCUGUUGGGCUUUGUUGCCCUGUUGCCUGUGUUUGGGUCGGAAUACAGCUUUUGGAACCUACCGUCUGCGUCCUGCAUCUGAUUUCCUACACCACACCUACACACGCCCUGACAGCCAGUACAUGUCCAGGCCCGUCUGAAGUUUGCUAGAGUGCAUUUGGAUGAUCCAGAAGAGGAUUGGGAGAAUGUCAUAUGGUCAGAUGAAACCAAAAUAUAACUUUUUGGUAAAAAACUCAACUCGUCGUGUUUGGAGGACAAAGAAUGCUGAGUUGCAUCCAAAGAACACCAUACCUACUGUGAAGCAUGGGGGUGGAAACAUCAUGCUUUGGGGCUGUUUUUCUGCAAAGGGACCAGGACGACUGAUCCGUGUAAAGGAAAGAAUGAAUGGGGCCAUGUAUCGUGAGAUUUUGAGUGAAAACCUCCUUCCAUCAGCAAGGGCAUUGAAGAUGAAAACGUGGCUGGGUCUUUCAGCAUGACAAUGAUCCCAAACACACCACCCGGGCAACGAAGGAGUGGCUUCGUAAGAAGCAUUUCAAGGUCCUGGAGUGGCCAAGCCAGUCUCCAGAUCUCAACCCCAUAGAAAAUCUUUGGAGGGAGUUGAAAGUCCGUGUUGCCCAGCGACAGCCCCAAAACAUCACUGCUCUAGAGGAGAUCUGCAUGGAGGAAUGGGCCAAAAUACCAGCAACAGUGUGUGAAAACCUUGUGAAGACUUACAGAAAACGUUUGACCGGUGUCAUUGCCAACAAAGGGUAUAUAACAAAGUAUUGAGAAACUUUUGUUAUUGACCAAAUACUUAUUUUCCACCAUAAUUUGCAAAUAAAUUCAUAAAAAAUCCUACAAUGUGAUUUUUCCUCAUUUUGUCUGUCAUAGUUGACGUGUACCUAUGAUGAAAAUUACAGGCCUCUCUCAUCUUUUUAAGUGGGAGAACUUGCACAAUUGGUGGCUGACUAAAUACUUUUUUUCUCCACUGUAUGCACGCACCACUUUUACGUUAUUAAUUUUUUAUAAUUUUGUGAAACAAGUGUUUUUUUUUCAUUUCACUUCACCAAUUUGGACUAUUUUGUGUAUGUCCAUUACAUGAAAUCCAAAUAAAAAUCCAUUUAAAUUACAGGUUGUAAUGCAACAAAAUAGGAAAAACGCCAAGGGGGAUGAAUACUUUUGCAAAACCCUGUAUACCAAACAUUAGGAACACCUUCCUAAUAUUGAGUUGCACCCGAUUUUGCCCUCAGAACAGCCUCAAUUUGUCGGGGCAUGGACUCUACAAGGCGUCGAAAGCGUUCCACAGGGAUGCUGGCCCAUGUUGACUCCAAUGCUAACAAGUGACAUCAAUAAGGGAUCAAUCAUAGCUUUCACCUGGAUUCACCUGGUCAGUCUAUGUCAUGUUUUGUACACUCAGUGUAUAAUACGGUAUGUGUUUAAUUAAGCAUGCAUGCGUGUUGUUGUGGUGCCAUGCAAUGUGUGUGUACACGUGCCUGUGUGUGUAUCUGUGCCAGUUGAGGCAGGAAACAGAGAGAUUCUCUGCUGAGAGAGAGAGAGGUAGUUAGUGAUGUAGUGUUCAGGUUAUGCGAUGCGAUCACAUGCAGAUGGGCGGCAACGUGCUGCUGGAUUCUUGGGCGAGGCUGUGUGUGUGUGUGUGUUUGUGUGUUUGUUUGUUUGUGUGUGUGUGUGUGUGUGUGUGCGCUCGCAUCCCCGUCAGCAGAAUUCACACACCACACCUCACUGACAGCUGGGCUGCUUUCAUACAUGCAGGGCAAUCAGGGCAUUGUCUCUCACAUUCCUCCUUUCACUGGGAGGGAUACCUCUCAUUAUGACAUUUACUGUACCCACAGAAAGUGCUUAGACUAUUAUAGGCCUGCCCUUUUUUAUACUAUCGUGUCAAACCCAACCGUAAUGUGCUGGCUUGUAGAAACUAUAGCCACUAUGUUAGAUGUAGCAUAAUUCCCAGCAUGUCAUGUUGACAUUUACAACUGAGAGCCUCUCUCUUAAUUAAUAAACAAUAGGUCCGUUCGUUUUGACAUCGAUAUCUAAUUUGUUUGAAGAAAUGUUUGUGAUUUUGUUGAGAUCCAUUGCACAUGGUGGAUACUCCUCAAGAGCUGGGCAGAGUCAGACCAUGACUCGAUGAGCAUUAGCAAAACACCAAAGAAUGUGGAAAGAAAGACAAGAGGAAUCUGCAGCCACAGCACUAUUUUGUUACAUAAAGAUUCUCAUUGGAGACAGACCAACAUCAGGAUUCAGGAAACAGGCCAAGAAGAGGAGUCUCAGUGAGUUGCUGUACCCAGGGGAAGUAGGUAGACCUGCGUUAAAAAAUCGUAUUCUUAUUCAGACCCCUUGACUUUUCCCACAUUUUGUUAGGUUACAGCGUUCGUUUAUUAAAAAUAAAUUUGCAAAAAUUUCUACAAACCUGUUUUCACUUUGUCAUUGUGGGGUAUUGUGUGUAGAUUGAUGAGGAUUUUUAAAAAUGUAAUCAAUUUUAGAAUAAGGCUGUAACGUAGCAAAAUGUGGUCAAAGUCAAGGGGUCUGAAUACCUUCCGAAGGCACUAAAUAUUCAGACCCUUUGCUAUGAGACUCGAAAUUGAGCUCAGGUGCAUCCUGUUUCCAUUGAUCAUCUUUGAGAUGUUUCUACAACUUGAUUGGAGUCCACCUGUGGUAAAUUAAGUUGAUUCGACAUGAUUUGGAAAGGCACACACCUGUCUAAAUAAGGUCCCACAGUUGACUGUGCAUGUCAGAGCAAAAACCAAGCCAUGAGGCCGAAGGAAUUGUCCAUAGAGCUUCGAGACAGGAUUGUGUCGAGACACAGAUCUGGGGAAGGGUACCAAAACAUUUCUGCAGCAUUGAAGGUCCCCAAGAACACAGUGGCCUCCAUCAUUCUUAAAUGGAAGAAGUUUGGAACCACCACAACUCUUCCUAGAGCUGGCCGCCCAGCCAAACUGAGCAAUCGGGGGAGAAGGGCCUUGGUCAGGGAGGUGACCAAGAACCCGAGUUCCUCUGUGGAGAUGGGAGAACCAUCCAGAAGGACAACCGUCUCUGCAGCACUCCACCAAUCAGGCCUUUAUGGUAAAGUGGCCAGACGGACGCCAGUCCUCAGUAAAAGGCACAUGACAGCCCGCUUGGAAUUUGCCAAAAGGCACCUAAAGGACUCAAGAUUCUCUGGUCUGAUGAAACCAAGAUUGAACUCUUUGGUCUGAAUGCCAAGCGUCACGUCUGGAGGAAACCAGGCACCGUUCAUCACAUAGCCAAAACCAUCCCUAUGGUGAAGCAUGGUGCUGGCAGCAUCAUGCUGUGGGGAUGUUUUUCAGCGGCAGGGACUGAGUCUAGUCAGGAGCGAGGGAAAGAUGAACGGAGUACAGUAUAGAGAUAUCUUUGAUGAAGACCUGCUCCAGAGCGCUCAGGACCUCAGACUGGGACGAAGGUUCACCUUCUAAAAGGACAACGACCCUAAGCACACAGCCAAGACCACGCAGGAGUGGCUUCGGGACAAGUCUCUGAAUGUCCUUGAAUGGCCCAGCCAGAGGCCGGACUUGAACCCGAUCGAACAUCUCUGGAGAGACCUGAAACUCUCCAAAUACAGGUGUGCCAAGCUUGUAACGUCAUACCCAAGAAGAUUCAAGGCUGUAAUCGCUUCCAAAGGUGCUUCAACAAAGUACUGAGUAAAAGGUCUGAAUACUUAUGUAAAUGUGAUAUUUCUGUUUUUUAUUUUUGUGCCAUUUGCAAACAUUUUGACAAACCUUUUUUUGCUUUGUCAUUAUGGGGAUAUUGUGUUUAGGGGAAAAAAUACAAUUUAAUCAAUUUUAGAAUAUUGCUGUAACGUAACAAAAUGUAGAUAAAGUGAAGGGGUCUGAAUACUUUCCGAAUGUACUGUAUUGUGAUUGUGUUGAAUUGUGUUUGGGAAAUAAAGUUAGACUUGGUUGUAAAAGGGUAGUGGUAAUAUUUCAUUCAGUACAGAAAUUUGUAGGCGGCUUAACUUACCCUGCCCUGCGGCUCAACUCCCAUACCUGGGUUAAGUUGAGACCAUUCUGAUUGUUUACAGGGAUACACAACAUCCUGAAAUAUAUGUAGAUAUCUUUGUUAGAAAGAUUGCUGUAUUUCCCUUGACGGGGUGAUGCUGAAUGUAAGAAAUGGCUCAACUUACCUCACUCUCCCCUACACACUACACAGACAUCAAAGCACUAACUACAGUAUGGCUCUCUGUGAAUAAUUAUUUGAAGCAUGGUCAGAACAUGGAACAUCAGAGUAACUGACUGUACUGUCUGUAUGUAGCCUGCUGUAUGAAAUUGACACUCAAAGACAGUUUUAGUUGGAUCUACCAUGUAAGCAGCAUCCCAUUCUUUACAAUAGUUUGUGUGUGUGAGGCAUAUAAAACCCAACAUCUCCUUAGAAGUGUGUGUAUACAGUAUCUCUCAGAGUCUGGCUAUGGAUUCCCCUCAGAUAGACUGUGAAGUAUAAUCCAAUACUGCACAUUAUAAUUAGUUUGACUUUUGGUCGUCUGUGGAAAGGGUGGGGAAGGGAGGUGAACAAGUAUUUUUCUCAAUAAUACCUUCUAAGUCCUCUGUGUGGAAAUCUCUCUCCCAUUCUCAGCUUAAUCCUAAACCCACAAAUGUAUUAUAUUUCAUCCUCUCCAGGAAAAAAUCAUAUCCAAAUAAUUUCCAAAAUCAUGUAGGAUGUGUAUUUGGAUCAUGAAAGAAAUGUAAAAGUCAAGGAGAAAAGGUCAAUCCCUCUAUUUUAUAUUUGAAAUAAAGAAAGGCUGAUGUUUUGGAUGUUGGACUCAAAUACUCUGAAGAAAUACUCUUUAAAAAACGUUUUCUAAGCCAAGUUUUCAGAGCCUGAGAAUGUGUGUGACCAGCAUAAGCAUCAAAUUGAAAGGUUGAUGUUUUGAUUUGUAGAUUGAUGUUGAACCCGAACGAACGCUUGAUGAGUUGUCCUCUGGCUGUAUCUUGGCUAAAAGUGUUUGAUUUCUAAAAAUGGCCAUCUGAUGUCAAUACAUUUGAUUUAGCAGAUAGCCAGCCGUCUUAACUGUCCCCUUUUGCUCUUUCUGGAGUGAGAAAUCUAAUCUGCUGUGCUCAUGCACUGAUGUGAGGUACCAAAUGUAUGCCUUUGUAGAACAUUGACCUUCCUAAAGCAGAGUUCUUCAGUAAAGGGGAAACUGUAUCUACAGAAUUAGCAGCAUGCACAUUUAGUUCAGUUUAUACCCUCAAAAGGAACAUCCUUAACUUCGUAAUUGAAUGUAAAUGUAAUAAAUUAGUCUACUGCUGCUUGCCAACUCACCUCAGCAAAGCACAUCAUGCUAUUUCCAUGGUGCAGCAUUACAACAGUGACAGUGCAGACUUGCAGGUGAGCUAAGGUUCCACUUCUCAGCAGUAUUUGAUGAAUGAAAUGCCACCUGCUGACAGUAGACUCACUCACUACCCAUAAUGACUACAUGAGAAUGGGCUAUUUCUCUUUGGCUUACGGUAGAGGUUGUUGUGAAUACUAGCCAGGGCUCUAUACCUCUACUUCUUGGUGUUUUUUGUUCUUGUUUCCGGCACAGCAAGUGCAGCAAUUCCCCUUCUCUGUGUAAUCAAGUAAUGGUUUUUCUAUAUGCUGCCUACAGAGUAUUUCCAAACCAUCACAAGUCAAAAUGUCACCCUCUGUGAGUCAGCUUUUUGAUCCCAUACCGUAACUCUACUUAUUUUACUCCACUCCGCUGAGCGAUUUACAGUCUCCAUUUAGCCCAGCCAAAACCCAUCCAUUCUGCCCUCUCCCCUCCCUCUCUCUCCCCUCCCUCUCUCCUUAUUUAUAUGCAGGAUUAUUGGCCGGUCCCAGGAGGGGAAAUAUUAUCUCAGCCAAUGUGGUGGCAGAUUCCAUCACUCUGUCUCUCCACACUGACCCUUUUACUUAUCCCUCACAGCCAGACAUGCCAAAUGCUCUACUUACCUCCAUUCUUUCAGCAAAUUAGUUCACAUACAUAUUGUCAGAUUGGCAAACAGAAUUGAAAAAGCCUCUCAAACUCUUUAAAAGGCUCUAAUGUUCUCAAAGGAAUAUGUUACUCAACUCAAACAUAUUAUUGAAAGAGUGUGCCAUGUUGAUUGUACAGUACAUACAGUAUGGAUUUUAUACUAUAGCUUAUAUGUACUGCACAUAUUAUGCAACUACUGUACUAUAGGACGGCUAUCUAUACACUCCCCCAAUGGCCAGCAUUGUGGCCAGAUUUUACUAUCAUAGUCAAAUGUUUUCAGUCUUGUUUGGUUCUUGAAAAGCAAACUGUUCGGCCCGUGGUCUGGCAGGGAUGUGGUGUAUCACUGCUGAAGUAGAAGAGUGGAGAUCUGAGCCCAUUGGUUAUUAUCACUGCUCAAAAUCUAUGGUGGGAAGGUUAUGGUACUAUGAUAAUAAUCCCUCUAUAGACAUGAUGGCAGCAUGUAAGAUCUACAGGAAUAAAGAUAUUAAGAUAUAAUCACAAAGAACAAGGGAAGGGUUUGUUGGGUUUGAGGAUCAGAGACUGGACUUUUCCCAAGUGCAGAUAAUAUAAUAUAUCCAGUCAAUUCCCCAAUGCAAUCAUUUCCUAAACUCAAUAGUCUGGAAAGCCCAUACAAAGCCAGACAAAGACCUUCGGGUCUAAACCCUAUACUUUUGUACACUAUUUCUAAACCAGCCCCAAAGCGCACACUCACAAAGCACUAACGUUAUGUGCUGCUGCUGCUUACCCUCCAUUGUCCUAGUAACUGUCUGUGUAUCUAGAUCAUUAACUGAUUUACACCACCCCCCGAUCACCAGCAAAUGCAAUUACACCACUUUUCACCACUUUUGCGCACAAAUCAGAUUCAUUUUAAUUGAUGUGCAUCUUUAGUGGUGUACUAUAGUCUAUGGGAAAUGGUGGGCUUAUUGAAAUCCUGCAUAAAUAAUGAUUGCCUGCCUCUACUAUAUUUCCUGCUGCCAUAAAAUGUAUCUGGUGACAUUGUAGAACAUUCUGGGCUCUAAAUCAGAUGUAAUCUGCAGAUCCACUCUCUAAUGAUACUGUACUUCGUCCUCCUCCACAUUAUGAUGUCAUGUCCUGAAUCUGACCCAAAGUCUUUGGGACCUGGAACCUUGGGGUCAAGAGAAUAUGUUUUGGCCAGUGCAUUUAGGCUAUACUUUCUGUCUAACUUUCAUGAACUCAUAUGCAGGAACUAUUGUGGAAUAUCUAUCCAGUCUUUGGGACCUGAAACACAGGCCAAGAGAUAAAGUUUUGGCCAGGGUGAAUUUAAACCGUCAUCUGACUUUCAGGAACCAUAGUGAAAUAUCUGUCCAGUUGCUAUAAUAUUGCAAAUAGAGAUUUUUACAUUUUAGUCAUUUAGCAGACACUCUUAUCCAGAGCGACUUACAGUUAGUGAGUGCAUACAUUUUUCAUACUGGCCCCCCGUAAGGAAUCAAACCCACAACCCUGGCGUUGCAAGCACCAUGCUCUACCAACUGAGCUACAGGAGGGUGUCCAGUUGGUCCAGAGAUAGCCUAUGAUAAGUGGAAAACAAUAUGAGAGUCUAUGUUUCUUUAAGUGGUGACUUUGCUAACUCCUAGUCGGUAGUAUUAAUUUCUACUAGAAGAGUUAGGAUGAUGAUAAUUGUUGUCUGAUGUUUGUCUGAUGAUGACAGACCUGAGUUCAAAUAGAAUUUGAUUGAGUUCAUCUGGCUGCUGGCAAUAUGGAAACAAUGGAAAAGUCCCAAAUAUGCAAAUCCUGUCCCUAUUAUGGCACUCCAGACAGGCUCAAUCAAAUGCUCAAUGUAUUAUGUGAAAGAGGGUUUGGAUGAUGGGUCCCCUGGACUGUGCCAGUCAGCACAGACAUCUGUCUCCCCUGUCCCUGACUGACUGACUUUGGCUAUUCCAUCCUGGCUGACUGACUGACUGACCGUCCUGGCUGACCAUUCCAUUUGCUGUGUCACAGUAGUAACGCAUAUGGAAACCCCACUGUGUGUGGAAUGCCUGUGUGAUCCCAGGGUCUGAGAGAUAAGCUCCAGUCUACCCACUUACUCCCCAUCCCGGUCCUGUCUAGCAGGGUCACACAUCUGUUUGUGCUGUCUUGCCAACUCCUGUGUUGAGUUGGCAAGACAGCAUAAACAGAUCUGGGACCACCAGGCUAUGUUCUGUCCAGUUACUGCCUGGACAACAGGAAACCCCAGACAGACAGAGAGAGACAGAUAUUGUUUCUGUCUGACUGCUCUGUACCCCCCACAUCCACCUGACUGGAAAACAUUAGACUGCACUUCCUGGAACUCCAGAGGGGGAGGGCUAGGGGUGGAAAUGAUAUGGUGUGUAUGUGUGUGUGUGUGUGUGCGCGUGGACAUGUGUAUGUGUGUUUGUUUGCGCACGUGCGUGCGUGUGUGUGUGUGGUGGGGAAAUGAGACGGGGGGGUGGUAUUUUCCUCUCAAAGGUAAUUCCUUCCUGAUUGUAGUGAGCUACUAACUGUGUCACUGUGUCAUCUCAGAUGCCAACGGUUGUUCUGACAUUUGACCUGCCUGACCAGCCCCGGACACUAAUCUGUCAUCACUCCUUCUCCUGUCCCCCCGUGGCUGUAAAUUAAAGACGGGCCGGGGGCUGCCUUCCCUUCACAAUGCACCCUGUUACCUCUUGGCUGCUGGCUUGGCUUGGCUGGCUGGUAAUGCUGGCUGGUGUCCAGAAGCCACUCAGACACAUGUCCCCUGGCCUGCUGUGAUUUGAAACCUAAUCUUCAUUAAAAAGAUAGAUAUGCACCAGAGUGCAUUAUUGUGAUGAAGUACUCACACUUGAGUACUCUCGGAUUAUCGGAAGGCUGGCUGUGUGUUAUUAAUUAAUCAAACAAUUACUUAAUGUAAACAAAGCAAUCAUUUCAGGAGGCCAUUUCAGCAGGAUUCAAUGUGAUCAAAAGUGGGGUUACUAACAAUGGUUCUCUCUGUGUGGACGUGUGUUUUCUGGUGUCAGCACACCACAAAUUCUCCACUGUUGAAUCCACUCUGUUAAAUUUAACACUAUUCCAGUGUCUAUACGGGUCCACACUUUUCAGUGUUAAAUUAACACUUUGCUUAGUAUAAAGCCUUAUUUGCAUAUUUCCCAGUGUGCCUUGCCGAGUGAAUUGUAGAGUUACCACCCACGACUGUAUUUGUUAAUGACAGAGACAUGGUUGUUGCAUUCAUACAUUUUUUGUCCUGUGGCCUUCACCAAGUGAGAUCCUAAGCGAAUAUGUUUUCAUUAAAAUUGAAACUCAUGGUUUACAGGCCACAUCAGGCCUGCAAGUCACAUUAUGCUCUCUUGCAAAGUGAUUUGUAAUUUUUUUUGGUAAUCCAACCAGAGUGGGGAUAUAUAGAAAAUAUAUCUCCAAUUUUCUAAGCAGUCUGAUCCAAUAGAAAAGUAUCAAUAAUUGUGUCAAAAUAAAAAUACCAUAUGAUUGAUGACGUUUAAAGCUUUGGACAUCACACAACCAUCUUAUAGGGUGUCGGAACUGCAGGACAGAGAGCGCCGACCUCUGCUGAAAGGUUUUUGUUUUUAUCUAUAUACAGUGGGGAGAACAAGUAUUUGAUACACUGCCGAUUUUGCAGGUUUUCCUACUUACAAAGCAUGUAGAGGUCUGUAAUUUUUUAUCAUAGGUACACUUCAACUGUGAGAGAUGGAAUCUAAAACAAAAAUCCAGAAAAUCACAUUGUAUGAUUUUUAAGUAAUUAAUUUGUAUUUUAUUGCAUGACAUAAGUAUUUGAUACAUCAGAAAAGCAGAACUUAAUAUUUGGUACAGAAACCUUUGUUUGCAAUUACAGAGAUCAUACGUUUCCUGUAGGUCUUGACCAGAUUUGCACACACUGCAGCAGGGAUUUUGGCCCACUCCUCCAUACAGACCUUCUCCAGAUCCUUCAGGUUUCGGGGCUGUCGUUGGGCAAUACGGACUUUCAGCUCCCUCCAAAGAUUUUCUAUUGGGUUCAGGUCUGGAGACUGGCUAGGCCACUCCAGGACCUUGAGAUGCUUCUUACGGAGCCACUCCUUAGUUGCCCUGGCUGUGUGUUUCGGGUCAUUGUCAUGCUGGAAGACCCAGCAACGACCCAUCUUCAAUGCUCUUACUGAGGGAAGGAGGUUGUUGGCCAAGAACUCGUGAUACAUGGCCCCAUCCAUCCUCCCCUCAAUACGGUGCAGUCGUCCUGUCCCCUUUGCAGAAAAGCAUCCCCAAAGAAUGAUGUUUCCACCUCCAUGCUUCACGGUUGGGAUGGUGUUCUUGGGGUUGUACUCAUCCUUCUUCUUCCUCCAAACACGGCGAGUGGAGUUUAGACCAAAAAGCUCUAUUUUUGUCUCAUCAGACCACAUGACCUUCUCCCAUUCCUCCUCUGGAUCAUCCAGAUGGUCAUUGGCAAACUUCAGACGGGCCUGGACAUGCGCUGGCUUGAGCAGGGGGACCUUGCGUGCGCUGCAGGAUUUUAAUCCAUGACGGCGUAGUGUGUUACUAAUGGUUUUCUUUGAGACUGUGGUCCCAGCUCUCUUCAGGUCAUUGACCAGGUCCUGCCGUGUAAUUCUGGGCUUCUCCCUCACCUUCCUCAUGAUCAUUGAUGCCCCACGAGGUGAGAUCUUGCAUGGAGCCCCAGACCGAGGGUGAUUGACCGUCAUCUUCCAUUUUAUAAUAAUUGUGCCAACAGUUGUUGCCUUCUCACCAAGCUGCUUGCCUAUUGUCCUGUAGCCCAUCCCAGCCUUUUUUUUCGGGGGGAAUGGAUCAGCUUAAUAUUGCAGAGAGAUUGUAUCUUCUAUCAAUGUAAUUGUCUGCAUCACUUCCAAUCCCCCAUGUUUUUUUAUUUUUUUUUAAAUAUAUAUACUCCCCUUUAUUACUUUUCAACCCCACCAUCCUUUCCCUACUUGGAGUAAAUUAGUGAACAACAAUGCCCAGGCCUCUACUUCCGGUCUAUACUUACUAUCUACACCUUAUGGACAGAGUUAAUUUUACAAUAAUUAUAUUAUAUAUAUAUAUCUAUAUAUAUAUAUAUUUUUUUUUUUUGCUCCUAACUUCUUCUACUCUCAACCUCUCCGAUCAUUUUCAUGAUAUCCAUCUGGUUUGCUUCUAUAUGCCAUAUCUUUCUAACUGUGCUCUUUCCCAAAAGCUCCCAACAUACAACCUAUAUACUUAUCAUGGACACGGUAUGCUUACAUUAUUAGCUAUCUUUGUUAUUAUUUGUUGUUAUUUGUUAUUAGUCCCAUCCUUCAACUCUAUUCAAUACCUCCCAUCUAUCUCUCAACACCAUCCAUAUAGGAUUUCUAUUUGCCAUAUAUAUUUCAACCGUACUGUGAUGUUUUACAAAAGUUCUGAACCUUUCUAUUCUCAUUGCUUCUACAGAUUGUGAAUUAAAAAUAAACAUUUUUGCUAAAAGUAUUAUUAUAUUAUUGAUUGAUUGACUAUGACUUUUCAGAUAUACCCAGUAAUGCUAUCUGCAAGGUUAGUUCCAGGUAAAUAUUGCAAUCCUUUAGCCAUUCCUGGACCUGUGUCCAAAAACAAGCUACAAAUGGACAGAACCAAAACAAAUGAUCUAAUGAUUCUGUCUCUUCACAGCAAAAUCUGCAGAGCUGGGAAGAUUGUAUCCCCCAUAUAAAUAACAUUAUAUUGGUAGCAAGAAUUUUAUAUAAUAAUUUAAAUUGAAAGAUUCUAAUUUUUGAAUCCGGUGUCGUUUUGCGUGUCAGUUCAUAAACACUAUGCCAUGGGAUCGGUACGUCAAAGAUCUCUUCCCAACUAUUUUGCAAUCUAUAUGGGACGGCUGUCAAUCCUUUGGUCCUUAAGUGAAACUGAUAUACUUUUUUAUUUAUCACAGUUUUCCUUAACCAAUUAUGUUCUUUAAUGCAAGGCCGACAGACAAGUUCCUUACUUUCUCCCCCUUCCACUUUCCUCUUCCACUUUUGCGGUAAGGCUGCAAUUAUUUGGUUGUAAUUUUGGGUAGAGCAGACAUUUCCAUAUGUUUUUGUUAGCUGCAUGUGCGACAUAACUCCACCAGUCCUACCGAUGAUAUCAUUUACCAAGAUUAUACAUUUUUUAAACAUUCUGUCAAAAAAUCAAGUUUUUUUGUCAAUUAGUAUAUUUGAAUUUAACCACAAUAUUUGUUGCAUUAUUUGUUCUGUCGUUUCUGGAGGAUUAAAUUGAAAUUGCAACCAACUUUCUAUGGCUUGUUUUAGAAAUAGUGACAUUUUGGAGAUUAUUUCCUUUUCAAAUAACUGAAAGUGAGAGGUUGUAAUCUGAAUAAAGGGAAAAAGGCCUUUCUUGAACAUUGGGUGAGACAAUCUUACUAAUUUGCUUGAGAACCAGUUCGGAUUUAAGUAUAACUUUUGUAUGACUGAAGCUUUUAGUGAUAGGUCUAAUGCUUUAAUAUUUAAUAAUUUCUGUCCUCCGAAUUCAUAUUCAUUAUAUAAAUAUGCUCUUUUAAUUUUGUCUGGCUUGCCGUUCCAAAUAAAAUUAAAUAUUUUUUUCUCAUAUAAUUUAAAAAACUGUUCGCUAGGCGUAGGCAAGACCAUAAGCAAAUAGGUAAACUGGGAUAAUACUAAAGAGUUAAUCAGGGUGAUUUUUCCACAAAUUGACAGGUAUUUUCCUUUCCAUGGUAUUAAGAUCUUAUCUAUUUUUGCUAACUUUCUAUUAAAAUGUAUUGAAGUGAGAUCAUUUAUUUCCUUUGGGAUAUGUAUUCCACAUCACCAUCAGACCAUUUUAUUGGUAAACUACAUGGUAAUGUAAAAAUUGUAUUUUUUAGUGAUCCAAUACGUAAUAUAGUACAUUUGUCAUAAUUUGGUUGUAAUCCAGAGAGGUUAGAAAAUGUAUCUAGAUCCUCUAUGAGGCUGUGGAGGGAUUCUAGUUGUGGAUCUAAAAGAAAACAUGAAUCAUCUGCGUACAAUGACACCUUUGUUUUUAAGCCCUGUAUUUCUAAUCCUCUGAUAUUAUUAUUGGAUCUGAUUUUAAUAGCUAACAUCUCGAUGGCCACAAUAAAUAGAUAUGCCGAUAGUGGACAACCUUGUUUCACUCCUCUUGACAGUUUAAAACUUUCUGAGAAAUAGCCAUUAUUUACUAUUUUACACCUAGGGUUACUAUACAUGAUUUUGACCCAUUUUAUAAGAGAUUCUCCAAAAUUGAAAUGCUCCAGGCAUUUAUAUAUAAACCCCAGUCGAACUUUAUCAAAUGCCUUUUCGAAGUCUGCUAUGAAUAGCAGGCCUGGUUUCCCAUAUUUUCCAUAGUGUUCUAUUGUUUCCAAUACUUGCCUUAUAUUAUCUCCAAUGUAUCUUCCAUUGAAAAAACCUGUCCGAUUAGAAUGAAUAAUAUCCGACAAUACCUUUUUAAUUAUAUGCGCUAUACAUUUUGCUAGGAUUUUUGCAUCACAACACUGAAGUGUAAGGGGCCUCCAAUUUUGUAAAUGGACUGGAUCUUUAUAUUUUCCACUUGUAUCCUGUUUCAGUAAUAAUGAGAUCAGACUUUCUUCUUGAGUGUCAGAUAAUCUACCAUUUACAUAGGAGUGGUUAAAACAUGCUAAUAACGGUCCUCUUAGUAUAUCAAAAAAGGCUUGGCUCUAGUUGUUAUUGUUAAUUCUCAAAUAAUGGAUCCAAAGUUUUUUAUAUAUAUGUCAAAGUUAGUUAUUUAGUCAUUUGAACCCCAAGCAAUGUUGACAGGUAGUUACCACGUGAAAAAUUACUUACGAACAAAGCUUCAUUUGAUCCUGCGGUGGCAUUCUGCUGGACACCACUUCAAUUUUACUCUAGAUAUUCUUCUCACAUUCUCACUUGACAGUUGGCUCAACCUGUAGAGCUGCGGUGAAUGAGAUUAUUAUCCUGUGGAGGCACAGCAUUGUGUAUAGAUUUUUUUUUGUUUUAAAAUAGUUUCCAUAGGCUGUGUUUAGACAGGCAGCCAAAUUCAGAUUUUUUUUCUCCACUAAUUGGUCUUUUGACCAAUCACAUCAGAACUUUUAACAUCAGAUCUUUUUCAGAGCUGAUCUGAUUGGUCAAAAGACUCAUUAGUGAAAAAAAUAUCAGAACUGGACUGGCUACAUUGUAUUUCUAACUUUGAGCCAAGCUUUCAAACACCGACCUCUACUGGAUACCUUAUUUACCAUUUGACUUUUUUUUCAAUACAUACCACCUGAACGGUAGCUCGGCAGGUAGGGUCGAGGAAUACAAAACUAUCAGACACCAUAGGCGCAGAAUCGAAUCCUGGCUAAGUAAAAAGAAAAAAAUCUGUCAAUCCCCACUAUCUGCACAUUAUUACAUUGUUGUUAAAAUAAUUUGUUUUACUUAGUUUAGCCUAUGAUAAUCUUUUGUCUUCAGCAUCUUAAACAAUACCACAGAUGCAUUUUUUUUAAUGUUGUGAACCAGGCGGCUAAAAAGGUAAGCAGGAUGUGGAAUGCGAACCCCACAUUCUUACUAACUUUAGUUUAUAAAAAUUCACACCUAUCCAUUGCGCCACAAAGUUUUGAUGAAUGCAGGGGGGAAAAGUGUCUGUAUAAACAUCAGAUAUAUAGAUAUAUAGACAGAUUUACAGAUCUCUGUAAAUUGUAUAUUCCCACUGUAAUCACCCUAUACUCGAGUUUUAUGUUUACUGUUCCGAUUGUGUAUAUUCUGUAUGAUGUCUGUAUUCUGUUUGUAUAUUGUCUAUUGCUAGCAGCAUUUUCUUACUAAGACAAAUUCCGGGUAUGUGUAAAUAUAUUUGGCGUAUAAAGGUGAUUCUGAUUAUGAAACAUGCUGAAAUGUAUUCCUGACCAGCAGAUGUCACUAAUGUGCAUUGUGUUAAAAGCUUUGAGUAAUGAACCGUCUUUCGGCACAAUUUGGUGAAAGCCCCAUAGGCUUCAGAAAACAUCAGUUUCCAAUCACUAGGGAUAUCCAACAUUUGGAAAAACAUUUAUUCACCUGCAACCUGCAUUCAGAAUGAAUGCCAGGGUUGGGAAGAUAUAGCGUUACCUAAAGCAUCUAAACUGGAACUGUCUACAUCUGGGUGAAGUGGUGAAACAGAAUCAGGCGCAGGACACAGAACUGAGAAAUGAAUGGAUUUACUAAAACAAAAGUAAACCAUAACAAACCCUCCACGCAGGGAAGAGCAGAACAACAGCUCACCAAACGACGUAAAACAACGGACAACCACGCACAAACCCAGGAGGGAAAACAGAGGUAAUUAUAGGGAAACAAAUAAGCAUAAUGGGUAACAGGUGUGAAUAAUAAAGACAAGACUAGUGUAACAUAGAAACAUCGAUCGGUGGCAGCUAGUACUCCAGUGAUGACGAACGCCGAAGCCUGCCCGAGCAAGGAGGAGGGGCAGCCUCGGCUGUAUUCGUGACAGGAACAACCAUUUCAGUAACAGGUGCAAUAAUUCCAACUAACAGAUUGGAUUAGUUUAGAAAAAUGUUAUUUAAAUUUGAGUAGCAUAAGAUUAAUUAAUCAAUCAAUGUACAUGCAAAAACAUAGAUAAUGAAACAAACAAUAAAUAAAAAUCAACCUGCAAUAGAGCAUGCUGGGAAAUAUGAUAAUGAUGGGCGUGGUUUUUGUUCAACUCUGGUUAUUAAUACCAACACUGGUGUUAUUUUACACCACUGAGUGUUAAUUCAACUCUUUGCAGAGUUAAUUUAACUCUUGAAUCAACACUAGAAAUGUUACACUGAAAAAUCAACACUAGUUAACACUGGCCAAUAUUCUGUGUAGGAACAUUCAUGUUUUAAGUUAAAAGUUUGGGUUAAUGACUUUGGCACGGCCUGUUAAACUUGGCUGUCACUGCUGGCUUUAUUUGGCCGCCUGCAAUCUAAACCCUGUUAAUGUGGCUUCUUAUCCAAAAACGACAUGAUUUGGCCAUGCUCUCAAUACACUAUUGUGAAAAUGUCUUUCUUACCAUAUGAGAAAAGACAUGCUUUCAACACAAAAACCUCUGUGUCACGAAAUGUUAUGUAGUAGCGUUUCUCUUGUUCCUUAACAUAAAGGGGGCCUUUAUGACAGAAAGCCCAUUCUACUUGGCAGCAAUAUUUCUCUUUCUCUCCAAAGCUCGUGUUUCACAUUAUUUACACUUUGCUAUUAAUGAGAACCAGCCUCCAGAGGCUGUGGGGGGGGGAGCACCUCUGAGAGGCAUUCAAACCCCCGCCCCCCCAGCGCAGACCCCCCUACAGGGGGCUGAUUUAGUUCCUCCCAGAGCUGCCUGUGUGUGAAUGGACCAGGAGUUGAGCCGUACGGCAUGGAAGACGAAGAUAAAUUAGGAUUGAGGGAACGCUGCAGUCAUCCCCCUCCCUGUUUCACUUUCACUCGCUCUCUCGCUCUCUCUCUCUCCUUUUCCUUUUUUCCUCUCUCUCUCGUCCACUCUCUUCCUCUCCGCCGUUCUCUCUCAUCUCUCUUUCUCCCUCAAUCUCUCUCCCUUUUUCUUUUUCAGUAGCCUCUAAAAAUGGGGAGUUGUCAUUGUCUGUCAAAGGCUUGGCAAGUCAGACUCAGAUAACUUUAGAGUCAGGAAGCGUUUGUCCCAACUGAGGGAUUUAAGUAGUUUCUCUUGACUAUUAAUUCACAGCUUGUCUUGUUUGUUCUUUCCUUUGACCUUCUUUUAAAUUAUGAAAAACAUAUGUUGGCUAUCAUCACUGAGGAUAUCUUUGUGAUCUAUGAAUACCAUGAAAGAAGGCUUGUUGAGAAAAAAGUUGUUGAGAAAAAAAAAAUGCACUGUCAAAUAGGCCUAUCUUCUGUGUCUUUUUAAUUUCACUAUUUUAUAUUAUUAUUCAUUAUUUUAUAACAAUGUAUAUUGUAAACAUUGUUGCUUUGGCAAUAUUGAUGCAAUGAUUUUCAUGCCAAUAAAGCAGCUUGAAUUUGAGAGAGAGUGAGUUCCAUUGUUAGGCAUCUUUAUAUGAGAUGUGGACAGUCAGACCACAUCUGAAAUAGACUUGGAAGUUGGACUGGGAAGUUGAUGUAUGUGGGGGCUGUGAAUGGGAGAUGUCCCAGAAUCUCACUUCAACUCCAAACAUUAGUCAUCUUAAUGGAAACGGAUUGAGCUUAAACACAUCCGCCUCGCUCUCAUUUUCUCUCCACUUCUAUUUCUUAUUUUAUCUUCUCUCUCCUUUCGGGGAGGGAGGGGGGAGGAGGGAGGGAGGAGGGAGGGGGGGGGAGGGUCGUUAUUAGCUAUCUUUUUUGUCUUUCUUUUUCUUUCUUUCUCUCUAUCUCUAUAUAGUCUCUAUUCUAUCUCUCUCUCUCUCUCUCUUCUCUUCUCUCUCUCUCUCUCUCUCUCUCUCUCUCUCUCUCUCUCUCUCUCUCUCUCUCUCUCUCUCUCUCUGCUUCUCUUCCCCUAUAAGUAAUGAGAAUAAGAGAAUUUGCAUGAAUAUGUCCCAUAUGACGUAUAGGUCUGACCUACUGUAUAUGCUGUCUUUGCCACGUUCUGUCUGUCUGUUUCGGUUUGUACAUACAGUACAUGCACCCCCAAACAUCUUAAUAUGUCAAUCUGUAAUGCAUUAUGAAUAGUCAUUUUUAACAUAACACAAUUUAUUUCAUCACAGUCUUUGUUCAUAUACAAGUAGGUGUUAAAAUCUUAAAAUCUUCCAUGUGAUAAUACAUAAUUUAGGAGUGUAUGGCCUCAUUUUGUCUGUAAUGGAGGCAUCCACUGUAAAAUGUACAGAGAAGUAAGUGAUUAUAGAUUUUUCAUGGCACCCUGGGAUCUUGGCAGAGCAGAGGCUAGUCUACUGGGAAAUUCACUGGAGUUCACUUUACCUGACUGAUAGAGAACCAAUGCGAAGGUGAUUAAUGGGAAUUUAAAUGACUGGCUUUUGCUUGCUGUCACUCCAGCAGAGUAUUUAGGUUCUUAUUUUUAAGCACAGUUUGACUGAAGGCCAAACCACACUGUCUGUCUGCAGUCACUCUGUCUGCCAGCCAAUCUGACCUGGUAUUUUUAUAGCUUUUUAAUGUUUUACCGGAACUAUUUGGCAUUUUAUUGUGAUUUUUAGCAAAUAUAAGAAUUUAUGAUAGUGUUAUUAUUAAAAGAAAGCAUUAUAAUGUCCUUGCUAUAUAUAGAAUUGUAGCAUUUUAUUUUAAUUUAUGAUAGUAUUAUAAAAAUAAUGAAUAUAAACCGAGUUCUGAGCUCCUUGCUUUAUAUAGAAGAAGCAUAGUUGAGUGCUGGAUGAAGUAAGUUAUGUUUCUGACUUUCUCUGUGUUUUCCGGCCUCAUCAGCACCUUUUCAUCCACAGAGCCCCACUUUAAGAAUGCUAAUCCGCGUUGCGACCCUGAGAUUGUCUGAGGCUUGGCAGGCACAGCCAGCUCGUACAAAGAGGUUAUAGUCCCUGCAAAGUGGCCAUCAAUGGAGAAAUGCUUUAAGAGCCCAGAGGGGUGUAGGAUUUCCAUUCCAAAUGAGCAGAGACUGUUUGUUUGUGAGUGUGUGUUUGUAGGUGUGGAUGUGAGCCAACUUGCCAGUGUAUCUUGAAUGUUUCUUUGUGUGUGAGUGUGUGUGUGUAUAUGUGUUGUUUAUGGGGUUAUACAGUAAGUAGCCUGCUUUAUCUGUUCUUGCCCAGGCUGUGCAGUAGUCUGUGCCCUCUGGGGUUGAUGGAAGUCAGUGUAGUGUCACCAACACAGUGCUCUCUUUGUGUCUGUCCACAGACGGGCUGCUUUGUGCUGGAACGUUCCACGUGCCCCGGACCAUUGUCAUCCCUGGUAACAAGAACCCCCCUGUGUCUGUGUUGCUGAUUAUUUCAAAACAAACAAUAAAAGCCUUUCAGACAGCGCCCUGCUCACGAGGGGGAUGAAUCAGUAAAAGCUCUUCGUAUUUGAGAGAGAGAGAAAGAGAGAGAGAGAGGUCUAGAAAGCCAGCCAAGCCCUGUGGAUCCACUGAAAUGCCAUGCAGCUGAAGUCUGCCCUGUGUUUCAAUGGCCACAGUAACACAGACACAGUGUCAACCAACCAGCCAUUCAGCCAUCACAAUAAAAAAAGGGAUCUAUGAAUAGGGUUGAAUGAUUGACCCCUGAUGAUGACAAUCACAUCAUCAUAUUAUCACUGCAUCACAAUUGAGCUUCAGUCUGAGUGUGAAAUUGUUUCUAUUGAAUCGUGAGGACGUUACAGGCAUUAAUCAAAGGCAUUACCACUUUUACUAGUGGAUUUCCAUUAAAAAAAGAAAUAAAUAAAGCAGAAGACUGAAUGUGUGUUUUGAUAAUCUUUUCCAGGUGUUCAAUCAGGAUCUAAGAAAUCUGGAAUCCCUGCCCCCAGGGAGAUCCCCCCCACCAUGACCAGGGACCGUGUGUCGCUGAGGGACCAGUUGAGGACCUCCACGACCAAGAAGAUGGUCCCCAGCGUCAGCACCUCCAGCCUGACCACCCUAGCAGCCAAGCACCAGCGCGGCUCCACCACCACAAAGCCCAGGGUGGAUGCCGAGGGCUCGGAGAGAGGCUUCCUGGAGUGCCAGAUUAAGGAGCUGCUGGCUGAAGCCAAAGCGAAGGAGUUUGAGAUCAGCAAGCUGAGGAUGGAGCUGCAGCGCUGCCGGGGGAAAGCCUUGUCGUCCUCGUCCCCCUCGGCUCACAACACCCCCUCCACCCCACCCGAGGGUACCUCCAAGCAGGGCCAAGGUCCAUCCCAGCAGGCUACAGACGCCCUGGCCCUGGUUGGGGAGCUGAGGGAGAAGAACGGGAAGUUCCAGAGGGAGCUGGCGGCUCUGAGGGAGGAGAACCAGGUCCUGAAGGAGAAGCUUUUCUCCCUGGAGGCCUCGCCUGCCUCUCCUCUGUCCAACAACACUACCACCACGACCAGCCCCUCCAAGCCCUCCGUCAACGGCCUCCCUUUAGACAACAACACCACUCUCCCAGCCAAGUCAGCCACACCCAGCCCGCUCAAAAACUCAGUCUCUUCCAGCAGUGACAUCACCAAGGGCUCGCCCUCGCCAGACUCCUCAGAGUUUGAGAAGAUCCCGUCGCGGUCUGACUCAGUUAGCAGCAGUGAUGGGGGCUGUGGUGGUGUAGGGGUUGUAGGUGUGGGGAAGGGUCCGGGUCGCGACCCCUCAGUGGAGAGGCUGACGGAGCAGAUCCAGAAGAUGGAGGAGAGUCAGCACAGCACGGCAGAGGAGCUCCAGGCCACACUACAGGAGCUGGCCGACCAGCAGCAGGUGGUCCAGGAGCUGACGGCUGAGAACGAGCGCCUGGCCGAGGAGAAGGGCCUCCUACAGACGUCGCUGCAGCAGCAGAGGGAGAGGGUGGAGCUGCUGGCCCAGAAGAACGAGGCCCUGGCCGGGAGGCUGCAGGAGGCAUCCCAGGCCCAGAGCAGGGACGAGGGCCGGGCAGCCGAGCUGGAGCAGCGCUACACUGACCUGGUGGAGAGCUCUCGCUUCGAGAGGGAAAAGCUGGUGGAUAUCCAGCAGCAGCUGACGGGGAGCCUGAGGGCCCUGGAGCAGGAACACCAGGAGGCCCAGGGGCAGGUGAGAUCCCUCAGGGAGGAGAGGGACGGCCUCCAGUGCCGGCUGGAGAGGGAGGUGGAGGCCGGGGGUGAGAUGACACAGGCGGCUGAGGAACACAGGGCGGCAGCGGACGCCCUGAGGGUGAAGAACGGACGUCUCAAAGCCCAGGUGGACAUAGAGAGACAGAAGGUUGGGGAGCUGAAGGCCAUGCAGAGUGCUGGGGACAGCACGGAGCUGCAGAGGCUGCUGAAGGUGGCCCAUGCUGAGAGAGACAGAUUGGAGGGGGAGGUAACAGAGCUACGGCAGGAGCUGCUACAGGCCCAGACCGACACUGAACACGCCCAAGGACUGCUCUCCAAGGUGGGUGGGACACCAAUCCAUAUAGAAUAG